UUUUUUUUGCAUGACAAAUAGAGGAACAGCCGACUAACAAGAAUGCUGGGCCAGCCCAGCUGACCUUGACCCACACUGUCUAAAGGUGAAAUAACUCAAGCUCUAAAAGCCAUUACGUUACGUUUUCGGUUGUGUACAUUUUUCGAUUUGUGCAAUUUAGUCUCACUUAAUAAGAGAAAAUCAAAAGAAUGACAACACCGGCCGACACAGCGGCUCGGGAAAUUAAAGUUCUUGAAACUGCUGAGGAUAUCCAGGCUAGAAGAGAUGAAGUGUUGGGUCGUUAUGCAGCUUUUAAAGCUGCUUGCAGAGACAGAAAGAAUAACUUGGAAGACUCUCGUAGAUACCAAUACUUUAAGAGAGAUGCUGAUGAACUGGAAUCAUGGAUCAAUGAAAAGCUGCAAACAGCUUCUGAUGAAAGUUACAGAGAUCCAACCAAUUUGCAGGCCAAAAUACAAAAGCAUCAAGCAUUUGAAGCUGAAGUUUCUGCCCAUGCCAAUGCUAUUCAGGCAUUAGAUGAGAUUGGAAAUGAAAUGAUCAGUCAAGGACAUUUUGCCUCUGAAAUUAUAAGGGAGCGCCUAGAUGAACUUCACCGUCUUUGGGCUUUGCUGUUGGCAAGGCUGGCAGAUAAAGGUACCAAACUGCAACAAGCUCUAAAGCUAGUCCAGUUCAUGCGAGAAUGUAGGGAGGUGAUGUUUUGGAUCAAUGAUAAGGAUGCUUUUGUUACAUCUGAUGAGUUUGGCACUGAUUUGGAACAUGUGGAAGUGCUUCAGAAAAAGUUUGAUGAGUUCCAGAAGGAUCUUCAAAACCAUGAGGAUAAAGUGGCUGAAGUAAACAACUUGGCUGAACAAUUGGUUGCUGAUGGACAUCCAGAGGAGGAAACCAUUAGACAAAAACAGCAGGAAGUAAAUGAAGCUUGGCAAAGACUGCGACAACUCUCUUUGUUAAGACAAGAGCGGUUAUUUGGAGCUCAUGAGAUUCAGAGAUUCAACAGAGAUGCAGAUGAGACUAUUUCUUGGAUCCAAGAAAAAGAUACCGUUCUCUCCACAGAUGACUAUGGGCGUGAUUUGGCCAGUGUCCAGACUUUGCAAAGGAAACAUGAGGGAGUAGAAAGAGAUUUAGCAGCACUGGAAGAAAAGGUAUCAGCGUUAACAUCUGAAGCCAAUCGUCUCCAAGAGAUUCACACUGACCAAGCAGAUCAGAUUCAGUCCAAGCAAAGAGAAAUAGGGGAAAAUUGGAAGAAAUUGAAGACCAAGGCCACUGAAAGAAAAACCAGGCUGGAUGAUGCAUACUAUUUGCAAAGAUUCUUGGCUGACUUUAGGGAUUUAGUUUCAUGGAUAUCUGAUAUGAAAGCCAUCAUUUCAGCUGAUGAAUUGGCCAAAGAUGUUGCUGGUGCAGAGGCUCUUUUGGAUCGUCACAAUGAACAUAAGGGUGAAAUUGAUGCUCGUGAAGAUAGUUUCCAAUCAACUACUAAAGCUGGUACAAGACUGGUUGAACGUAACCAUUUUGCUGCUGAUGAAGUGAAGGAAAAACUGAACACACUGAACUAUGAGAAGCACACCUUGUUGGAACUGUGGGAAGAAAGGCGAGUCAUGUAUGAGCAGUGUAUGGACUUGCAGCUUUUCCUGAGAGAUACAGAGCAGGCAGAUACUUGGAUGACCAAACAAGAAGCUUUCUUGGUGAAUGAUGACCUUGGGGAUUCCCUUGACAGUGUUGAGGCUUUGCUGAAGAAACAUGGAGACUUUGAGAAAUCUCUGGCUGCCCAAGAAGAAAAAAUCAAGGCUUUGGAUGAGUUUGCCACUAAACUGAUAGAUAGUGAGCACUAUGCUUCAGAAGAUGUUGCAGCUAGAAGAGAUCAGCUUUUGGCAAGACGAAAUGCUUUGUAUCAAAAGUCCAGCACUCGCCGUUACAUGUUGGAGCAGUCUUAUGAGUUCCAGAUAUUUGAACGUGACUGUGAUGAAACAAAAGGGUGGAUUAAUGAGAAACUAAAAACAGCAUCAGAUGAGAACUAUUUGGAUCCAACCAAUUUACAAACCAAACUUCAGAAACAUCAGAACUUUGAAGCUGAAAUCGAUGCUAACAAGAACCGCAUAGAGAGCAUUCAAACUACUGGAGAGCAACUUAUUGAAAAGGAUCAUUAUGCAAAGGAAGCAAUAAGGGAACGUGUAGAUGAGAUAGAGCGGCUGUGGUCAACAUUACAAAAACAGACAGAAAAGAAAGGAAACAAAUUGAAUGAAGCUGCUCACCAGCAACAGUUCAACCGCAAUGUUGAAGAUGUGGAGUCCUGGUUGGCUGAUAUAGAAAGUUCUCUAAUUUCUGAGGAUUACGGAAAGCAACAAUUACCUAAAUAUGUAGAGGAUUUAACUAAUGUCCAGAAUCUGCAGAAGAGACAUGCCUUGUUGGAAGCUGAUGUUAUAGCCCAUCAUGACCGUUUGGACCAACUCCAGUCACAAGCUACACUGUUUCAGAAUGGUGAUCACUUUGACAAAGACAACAUCAGAUCUAAACAAAAUGAAGUUGUGGAAAGAUACCAGAAGUUAUCUAAUCCCAUUGCUCAGCGCAAGCAAAAAUUGAAUGAAGCUUUGAAACUACAGCAGUUUUUAAGAGAUGUUGAAGAUGAAGAAGAUUGGAUUCGAGAGAAAGAGCCUAUUGCUUCUUCCACAAAUAGAGGUCGAGACCUCAUUGGUGUACAGAAUCUGAUGAAGAAACACCAAGCCUUGCAGGCCGAAGUGGCUGGCCAUGAGCCACGCAUCAACAAUGUAUGCCAGUCAGGCAAUGACAUGAUUAAAGGUGGUCACUUUGCAGCUGAUACCAUCAAAAGCAAGAUUUCAGAUCUAAAGGAGAAGUGGCAAGCUCUAAAGGAAAAAGCUCAGCAGCGUAAACAAGAUUUAGAAGACUCCCUGCAAGCUCAACAAUACUUUGCUGAUGCCAAUGAAGCUGAGUCCUGGAUGAGAGAGAAGGAACCAAUUGCUGCUAAUACUGACUAUGGAAAAGAUGAGGAUUCUUCUGAGGCUCUGUUGAAAAAGCAUGAAGCAUUCAUGUCUGACUUGGAGGCUUACCGAAGUGUCAUAGAAGGACUAAGAGAACAGGCCCAGGCUUGUAAACAACAAGAAGCUCCUGUAAUUGAUGACAUUGGUACAGAGAAGGUUGUUGCUCUUUAUGACUACACAGAGAAGUCCCCACGAGAAGUCUCCAUGAAGAAAGGAGAUGUGCUGACACUACUCAACUCUGCUAACAAGGAUUGGUGGAAGGUUGAGGUCAAUGACAGGCAAGGAUUUGUGCCAGCAGCUUAUGUGAAAAAGUUGGACCCAAGUCUAUCCGCCUCUAGAAAUAAUCUUAUGGAUGAAUUCACAAUCUCUGUCAGACAAAACCAGAUUGAAACACAGUAUGCCAAUCUGAUAGAUCUAGCCAACCAAAGACGUGAAAAUGUCCAGGAGUCUAAUCGUGCUUAUCAGUUGGUUAGGGAGGCUGCUGAAUUGGCUGCUUGGAUAACAGAAAGAGAAAACACAAUGGCUGGAGAGGAAGUAGGAGAUGACCUUGAGCAGGUGGAGGAGAUGCAGAAGAAGUUUGAUGACUUCCAAAAGGACCUGAAGGCCAAUGAAGCCCGCUUACAAGAACUCAACAACAUUGCAGAUAAACUGACUGCCAUGGGGCAUACUGAAGCUGCUGAGAAGAUCAGAGAGCAAAUCAUUCAACUGAAUCAGAGAUGGGUUACACUACAGCAGGUGACUGCAGAGAGAGCUCAGACACUGAGUAGUUCUUUUGAAGUGCAGCGAUAUCAUAGAGAGGUAGAUGAAGCCAAGGAUUGGAUCAAAGAAAAGGAUGCUGCUUUGAACAAUGACAACUAUGGUCAUGACUUAGCUAGUGUUCAGGCCCUACAGCGUAAACAUGAAGGCCUUGAGAGAGACUUGGCUGCUCUUGGAGAGAAGGUAAGAGAAUUGGAUGACAUGGCUCAGAGACUGAUGCAGACACAUCCAGAUCAAGCAGAAAGUAUUUACGACCAUCAGACAGAGAUCAAUGAGAUGUGGAAUGCCCUGACCAUCAAGGCUGAUGCUCGAAAAGUAAAGUUAUUAGAUGCCUAUGAUUUACAAAGAUUCUUAAGUGACUACAGGGAUUUGACCAGUUGGAUUAACAGCAUGACUGCUCUUGUCUCUUCUGAUGAGUUGGCUAAGGAUGUGACUGGUGCUGAAGCUCUUUUGGAGAGACAUCAGAUGUUCAGUUCCGAAAUUGUCAGCCACUACGGCAUCACAGCUCUACCUGGGGAAGAAGAUGAUGAAUAUUUAGAAGAGGAGCACAGAACAGAAAUGGAUGCUAGAGCUGGUACCUUCCAAGCUUUUGAACUUCUUGGACAACAACUACUUCAGAACCAACAUUAUGCCAGUGAAGACGUUCAACAGAAAUUAGAAGAGCUGGCUAAGAGCAGAGAGGAACUGGAACAGGCCUGGAUAGCUCGGCGCAUGAAACUGGACCAAUGUUUAGAGCUUCAACUGUUCUAUCGUGACUGUGAGCAAGCUGAGUCCUGGAUGGCCUCUCGUGAAGCUUUCCUAGCUGGUGACUCAGUAGAUGGAGAUAAUGUUGAAACUCUUAUUAAGAAACAUGAAGACUUUGACAGAGCAAUCAAUUCACAAGAAGAGAAAAUCAACUCUCUUCAAAACUUUGCUGAUCAACUGAUUACAUCCAGCCAUUAUGAUGGACCAGCAGUUGCAGAUAAGAGAGAUCAAGUACUUGAUAGGUGGUCUAAGUUAAAGGAUGCUCUCAUUGAGAACAGAUCUAAGUUGGGUGAGGCCCAGACCUUGCAACAGUUCUCUCGGGAUGCUGAUGAAAUGGAGAACUGGCUACAAGAGAAGCUGCAAAUUGCUUUGGAUGAAUCUUACAAAGACCCAACCAACAUUCAAAGCAAGCAUCAGAAGCACCAAGCAUUUGAGGCUGAGCUUGCUGCAAAUGCUGACAGACUUCAGUUUUUGUUGACUACUGGACAAAAUUUGAUUGAUAAACGCCAGUGUGCUGGCUCAGAGGAUGCAGUGCAGAAUCGUUUGGAAAGUCUGCUCAGCCAGUGGGAAGAUCUUGUGGCCAAGUCUGCAGAGAAAAGUGAGAAACUCAAGGAGGCUAGCAGGCAGCAGACAUACAAUGCUGGUGUCAAGGACAUAGACUUCUGGCUUGGAGAGGUGGAGCAAAUGUUGGCUUCUGAAGAUCAUGGCAAAGAUUUGGCAUCAGUUCAGAAUCUUCUUAAGAAACAUCAGCUGAUGGAAGCAGAUAUAGCAGCUCAUGAGGAUCGUAUCAAAGACUUAAACAACCAAGCUGAUCAGUUUGUGGAGGCUGGAGUCUGGGAUUCUGAGAGUAUUGUUACUAGGAAGCAAACUAUCAAUGAAAGAUAUGAAAAGAUAAAAGAGUUUGCAGUACACCGCAGAAACCGCCUGAAUGAAGCCAACACCAUGCAUCAAUUCCUACGUGAUAUUGAUGAUGAGGAAGCUUGGAUCAAAGAGAAAAAACUGUUGGUUGGCUCAGAAGAUUAUGGCCGUGAUCUGACAGGUGUCCAGAACCUGAGGAAAAAACACAAGAGACUUGAGGCUGAGCUAGAGAACCAUGAACCAUCUAUACAGGCUGUUCAAGAAACUGGUGUCAAAUUGAUGAAUGAAUCAGCCAUUGGUGCAACAGACAUCAAAAAGAGAUUGGAGCAAUUAGCCUCAAGUUGGGAAGAGUUGAAACAAAUGGCUGCCAACAGAGGUGACAAACUUGAACAGAGCUAUGCCUACCAACAGCUGAGUGCUAAUGUGGAAGAGGAGGAGUCAUGGAUCACAGAGAAACAACAUUUGUUAUCUACUGGUGAUCUUGGGGAUACAAUGGCUGCAGUACAGGGUCUUAUCAAGAAACAUGAAGCUUUUGAAUCAGACUUCCAAGUCCAUAAAGAGAGGUGCUCAGAAAUCAAGAAGGAAGGACAAACACUUAUCAAUGAGGGCAACCACAAUGCUGACAGCAUUAAUCAACGCAUUGCUGGCUUACAAGAGAAAUUGCGUGACUUGGACCAUGGUGCAGCUAAGAGGAAAGCAGCCUUAAGUGACAACUCAGCUUUCUUACAGUUUAUGUGGAAGACUGAUGUUGUUGACAGCUGGAUUGCUGAUAAAGAAACUCAAGUGAGAUCUGAAGACUAUGGUAGAGACUUGUCCUCAGUUCAGACUUUCCUCACAAAACAAGAAACAUUCUCCGCUGGACUUGCUGCCUUUGAGAAAGAAGGCAUUCAAACCAUCACAAGUUUAAAAGACCAGCUGAUUGCAAGCAAACAUGAGCAAACCCCAGCUAUUGAGGCUCGUUACAAUGCAGUCAUGUCUCGCUGGCAGAAACUCCUGGCCGAUGCUGAGGAUCGCAAGCAGAAGUUGCUUCACUUGCAGGACAAGUAUCGCCAGAUUGAAGAUCUGUAUUUGACUUUUGCUAAGAAGGCUUCAGCUUUCAAUAGUUGGUUUGAAAAUGCAGAAGAAGACUUAACAGAUCCAGUCAGAUGUAACAGUGUUGAAGAAAUAAAGGCAUUACGUGAAGCCCAUGAACAAUUCAAGGCAUCACUGAGUGCAGCUAAGGCUGACUUUAAAGGUCUGGAGUCUCUAGAUGCCCAGAUUAAGAGCUUCAAAGUUGGACCUAACCCAUACACCUGGUUUACCAUGGAGGCUCUGGAAGAAACAUGGAAUAAUCUACAGAAGAUCAUCAGGGAACGUGACAGUGACUUAGACAAAGAGGAGCAUCGUCAAGAAGAAAAUGAUCAGCUGAGGAAACAGUUUGCUCAAGCAGCCAAUCAGUUCCACACCUGGUUGACACAGACUAGGAUGUGGCUACUUGAUGGAGCUGCCAUGAUGGAAGGUUCUGGAACUCUUGAAGAACAGUUGGAAGCCACUAAGAGAAAGGCAGCAGAAGUGAGGUCUCAGAAGGGACAUUUGAAAAAGAUAGAAGAUCUUGGGGCUGCCAUGGAGGAGAGAUUGAUUCUUGACAAUAGAUACACUGAGCACAGCACUGUUGGCCUGGCUCAGCAAUGGGAUCAGCUUGACCAACUCUGUAUGAGAAUGCAACACAAUCUGGAGCAGCAGAUAGAGGCCAGAAACAGAAGUGGUGUUUCAGAAGAUGCUCUGAGAGAAUUCUCUAUGAUGUUCAAGCACUUCGAUAAAGACAAGAGUGGUCGACUUGAUCAUCAAGAGUUCAAGUCUUGUCUGCGAGCACUUGGCUAUGAUCUGCCAAUGGUGGAAGAAGGUCAGAUAGAUCCAGAAUUCCAGGCUAUACUAGAUCUUGUUGAUCCAAAUAGGGAUGGCUUUGUCUCUUUACAAGAAUAUAUGGCAUUUAUGAUCAGUCGAGAAACUGAGAACGUUCAGUCUAGUUCAGAGGUUGAACAGGCUUUCCGAGCACUUACAUCAGGGGAGAAACCAUACAUUACUGCUCAGGAGUUGUAUGCAAAUCUAACAAAAGAACAAGCAGACUAUUGCAUCACACGCAUGAGACCUUACGUGGACAAGACAGGCAGAGCUGUCCCAGAUACUUAUGACUAUGUGGACUUCACCCAUCAACUAUUUGUCAAUUAACUCCAACAGCAACUGGCUUUUUUUAAACACUUUUAUUUAUUAACUUGCUUGCUAGUGAUUCUGGAUCUUUUAUAAAAAUUGCCAUUUCUCUCUAACUGAAUAUUAGCUCGUUAGCAUACAACUUUGUCAAAGUUUUUUAACUGUAUCAAUAUGAUUUUAAUUCUUUUAUAUUCUGCAGUUUCGACCACUUUUUGUCUACAUUUUUACUCUCAGUUUAUUCAAGACUUGUAUCAUUUCUGUGCCCAGUUUUUCUAAAAAGUGACUGUCUCUUGAUCAGUUUUCGCUUCGACCUUCUGUUUUCAGCCAUAUCAGCAGAAACCUCCAUGUUCUUGCUGUGUUUUCCUCAUGAUCAAGAGAAAGAAUAGAUUGUACUGGACAAAAUAGUUUCAAUUAUGUGCAAUUUUUCUUUAUUGGUUGUGAAAUGUUUUUCUCCUUUGCUUUGUAUAAGGAAAUAUUUCCUAGAAGCCUUUAGCUGCUUUUAUUGAUGUCUAAUUAUUAUGACUACUAUAAUUAGUGUCUAGAGAUAAUUGUUCACAUCUUGAUGUCUUUAAUAUAAUUCUACUUUUUCACAAGUUAAUAUAAGUUAAUAUAUUUAAAUUAGUGUAUACUUCUAUUAUGCAAAUUAAUGUACCAUAUUAAUUACUGUGUACUUUGUCAGCUUCAUUUUUUUUUACUCCUAAAGUAUUUUUAAAGAGAUAUAGUCAGAUAGUAUUUUGGCUUGUAUUAGUUUGAGAAUCAACACAGGAUUACUAUUUGUGACAUCAAAUAGGUUAUGUUAGUGCUUCAAGUAAUAUUUUCUGUAUCUAUAUAUUAUGUUCACUUGUGUCCUAUUAAAUGUACCCCUGCAUA